CGAAGACCUUUCGCGAUUGGUGCGACUCUGACGAGCAUUCUGGGCUACUGGCUGCUGACCCCGGAUCGAGGUGCUGGUGUGAGCUUCGCCGGGUACUUUCUGGUAGCCCAGGGUUGCUACACCGCCGUGGAAACGCCUUUGGCAAGAUUGACUAGCAAUAAACCCAGGUAUGGGAAAAGAGCAUUUGCCAGUGGGAUGCAGUUGACAGUUGUAAACUCGGCAGGCAUUGCAGCACCAUUCUUGUUCCAGAAUCCGUACGCCGCUAUUCACUAUCCUGGCUAG